AAUCCGAGGACUCCUUCUCAUCCAGGUUUAUAUCCAUGUGUCCACCUUCAGCAGACUGGCCGUAGGCGUGGUCACUGCUAAACGCCGCGGUGUUAGCAGGAUUAUCCUGACUGAAGGAUGGAUUUAAAUGACGAUUUCUUUUCCUUUUCGGUUAUAUUGAAGAUAUACUGUAAAUAUAAAGACGCGUCAGCUCCAGCAGCCAUCUUGAUCCGGGAUUUGAGCAUUUCUGACGUCACCGAAAGUGAUGACGGAGAGAAGGAGAUUCAGAGUUGACUUUUUUUUUACUGAAGGCUGUUUAACCUAGUUUAGCGGUUUAUCGAGUUAACCGUGCUACGAUGCUACAUUCAAUAAGUUUAACUGGUGCGGGAAUUUAUUAUUUUAUGAAGAAGCGAAGAGAUGGAGAGAAAACAGCGGAGCACACGGACACACCGGACCCCGAGGACCCAGUACAGACGGGAUCUUUGCUGGAUCCAGGCUUGAAGUGUGGGGAUGAAACACAGACGGACAGCGCUGUUCCUCAGGGGUCUGUGAGCGAGGCUGAGGAGAAGAGUCAGAAGGGGGAGGUGUCCGGUUCUCUGCUGGACAGUGAGAGGUCCAUCCUGGAGGAGCAAGUGAGGGAGGUGGAGGAAGUGCUGUGUGAGGCAGAGCGAGAGAGUGAGAGAAAACACAAGGUCACUCUGGCUGAAUCUGAGGAGAAACACAAGCAGGCGACGGAGUCCGUUGAACAGAUGCAGAAGCAGGAUGCUGACCUGAAGUCCCAGAUAGACACACUGAAGGACACAGUGCAGCAGUUGGGCCACCUGCUCACUCAAAAACACACAGAGUGCACUGACACAACAAGGUUGUACGAGACAGAGCUAAACCUUCGCAAGCGUGUGCAGUCCGAGUACAAACAGAAGAAGGAGAAGUUUAAUCAGGAAACCAGAUCUCUGAGGGUCGCUCUGAAUGAAGCCGAGUGGAAAUACGAGCAGGCGAUGGAGUCCAAUGCUCAGCUGGAGAACUCCAGCCUGAAGGAGUGUGAGAGAGAGAAGGAGGCUCACAGUGUCCUGAAGGUCGAUCAGAUGACUUCAACACAUCACGAGGAGUUACUACAGGGCAUUCAGGCUAAAGCUACAGAGCUUUACAGGGAGUCCCACGAUCACCUGAAGAGCGAUGAGUUGAAGAACGAGGUGAACAAACUGCGAGAGUCAGUGCAGCAGCUGGAGAGAGAGCUCUCUGAGUCAUGCAGGAAAUGUGAAGAGAUAAAGAGAGAGUGUGAGAGAGACCAGGAGCAUCACAGUGUCCUGAAGUGUGAUCAGAUGACUUCAACACACCUCUUGGAGUUAGUACAGGUGUCUCAGGCUGAAGCUGAGGAGAAAUUUGAGUACACUGCUCAGCUGGAAAAUGAGAACUCUGACCUGAAGUCCCAGGUGAACACACUGCAAGACACAGUGCAGGAGCUGAGCAGACUGCUCGCUGAGACACACAGGAAGUGUGAAAAGGCAAAAGAGGAGCAUAAGGUAGCAGAGGACAUCCUUCAGUUCGUGGAGACCAGGACCAGAAAACGGCAGAGAUUUUUAAUUCAGAAAAAAAAAUCCAUUCAGGAAUCUCUGGAUGAACGUGAAAGAAAAUAUAUGGAGACAAUGAAGUCAAAAGAUGAUCUGGAGGAUAUUCUACCUCGCCGAACUAAUCUAGCCCUCUCAUUAAAUCAAGACGCGAGAGCGUUGUCAAAUGAUCUCUCUGACAUGCAGUGGACGUUAGAGCAGACAAUGCAGGAGUUAGAGCAAAAAACUCACCAGCUCGCGCAGAUAGAUUCCGACUGGAAAUGUCUUAAUGAAACUGUGAUGAAGGAUCAUGAGGCUGAGUGUCUCGCUCACGGACUCCUGAAGGUGCAGUACAGUGAGAUGAAGCAACAACACGACAAGUUAGAAGAGGAUAAUGAGCGAUUGAGGGAGGCUUACAGCACCCUGGAGUCACAGUAUGAAGAAUUAAAACACCACCAUGGGUCACAAAUGGAGUGUGAGCGAGAGCAGGAGGCUCACCAUGUACAGAAUGUGCAGUGCCAUGAGAUGAAGGAAUCUUCAUCACACACUGAGGAGUCAGUAAGGGUGGACAGACAGCAAAGCUCAGUGCAGCAGGCGGAGGAAAAGCUCACCGCGAUACGGAGGAAGUGUGGUGAGAUAAAGAGGGAGAGGAAGAGAGAGCGGGAGGAUUACAAUCUCCUGAAGGCGCAGUGCCAACAGAUGGAGGAAACUUUACAAGAGUAUGAAGAGUUACUAAAGACCCACUGUACAGAUCUUGGAUCCAAAGGCACUACGGAUCCCUGAAGCACAAGUGACUGUCGAGGGCCGUGUUUAACAUCUGGAUAAACAAAGUCAUAUGAUGACAGUGUAAUAGUACUUACUAUACAGGUACAUCUCAAAAAAUUAGAAUAUCAUGAAAAAGGUCAAUAUUUUUUGUCACUCGGCUCAGAAAGGGAACCCCAUAUAUUAUAUAGAUUCAUUACACAUAGAGUGAAAUAUUUCAAGCCUUUAUUUCUUGAAAUUGUGAUGAUUAUGGCUUACAGAUAAGGAAAACCCAAAAUUCUGUCUCAGAAAAUUAGAAUAUUACAUAAGAUCAAUACAAAAAGGAUAUUUCAAACAGGCUUCUGAAAAGUAUGUUCAUUUCUAUGCCCUCAAUACUUGGUUGGGCCUUUUUCAUGAAUUACUGCAUCAAUGUGACGUGGCAUGGAGGCAAUCAGCCUGUGGCACUGCUCAGGUGUAAUGGAAGCCCAGGUUGCUUUGAUAGCGGCCUUCAGGUCAUCUGCAUUGUUGGGUUUGGUGUCUUUCAUCUUCCUCUUGACAAUAACCCAUAGAUUCUCUAUGGGGUUCAGGUCAGGCGAGUUUGCUGGCCAAUCAAGCACAGUAACACCAUGGUCAUUGAACCAGCUUUUGGUACCUUUGGCAGUGUGGGCAGGUGCCAAGUCCUGCUGGAAAAUGAAAUCAGCAUCUCCAUAAAGCUUGUCAGCAGAAGGAAGCAUGAAGUGCUCUAAAAUUUCCUGGUAGAUGGCUGCGUUGACUGUGGACUUCAGAAAACACAGUGGACCAACACCAGCAGAUGACAUGGCAGCCCAAAUCAUCACUGACUGUGGAAACUUCACACUGGACUUCAAGCAACAUGGAUUCUGUGCCUCUCCAGUCUUCCUCCAGACUCUGGGACCUUGAUUUCCAAAUGAAAUGCAAAACUUACUUUCAUCUGAAAAGAGGACUUUGGACCUCUGACUUCUGACGUUGUCUCUGGUUCAGGAGUGGCUUGACACGAGGAAUGCGACAUUUGUAGGCCAUGUCUAGGAUUCGUCUGAAGCUCCUCCAAAUUCUUGAAUGGAUUUUGCCUGACAAUCCUCUCAAGGCUGUGGUUAUCCCUUUUGCUGGUGCACCUUUUUCUACCACACUUUUUCCUUCCACUCAACUUUCUAUGAAUAUGCUUGGAUACAGCACUCUGUGAACAACCAGCUUCUUUAGCAAUGACCUUUUGUGGCUUACCCUCCAUGUGAAGGGUGUCAAUGACUGUCUUCUGGACAGCUGUCAGGUCAGCAGUCUUUUCCAUGAUUGUGUAGCCUACUGACCCAGACUGAAAGACCAUUUAAAAGCUCAGGAAACCUUUGCAGGUGUUUUGAGGUAAUUAGCUGUUUAGGGUGUGACACCAUGACUUUCCAAUAUUGAACUUUUUCACAAUAUUCUAAUUUUCUG